AUGGUUUUAUAACAAAAUGUGAUUAAGUAUAUAUUUUUUUAGUCAAAUUGAGUCGGUUUCUUAUUUCUGUGCGUACUUCUAGACAGCGCUAAAAUGGGGAAAAAAACUAAAGUAGGAAAACAGCGAAAAGAUAAAUAUUAUCAACUUGCGAAGGAAACAGGUUUUCGUUCUCGAGCUGCAUUUAAGCUUAUUCAGUUAAACCGGAAGUUUGGCUUUCUUCAAAAAUCUCGAGUAUGCAUCGAUUUAUGCGCUGCCCCUGGUGGCUGGAUGCAAGUGGCACAUCAGAACAUGCCUGUAUCCAGUAUAGUUAUAGGAGUAGAUUUGUUUCCCAUCAAACAAGUUCCAGGCUGUAUAAGUCUUACAGAAGACAUAACAACUGAUAAAUGUAAAACUGCUAUUAAGAAGGAAAUUAAAACUUGGAAAGCAGAUGUGGUGCUGCACGAUGGUGCCCCAAAUGUGGGUCUCAAUUGGAUUCAUGAUGCUUACCAGCAGUCGUGCCUUACUUUAAGUGCAAUGAAGUUGGCAUCUAAUUUUUUAAGAGAAGGAGGAUGGUUUGUUACAAAAGUUUUCAGGUCUAAAGAUUAUCAUGCCUUAUUGUGGAUACUGAAGCAGUUUUUUAAAAAAGUUCAUGCUACAAAACCACAAGCUUCUCGUAAUGAAUCAUCAGAAAUUUUCGUCGUCUGUCAAGGAUAUAUAGCUCCAGACAGUAUUGAUCCUAAGCUGCUGGAUCCAAAACAUGUAUUUGAAGAUUUGGAGAUAGUUAAGAAACAACAAAAUAGUAUCUUACAUCCCGAGAAACAGAAGAAAGCUAAGGCAGUAGGAUACCAAGAAAAUGAUUACACUACUUUUCACAGCAUUUCAGUAUCAGAUAUUUUAGAAAAAGAUGAUCCAAUAGAUUUACUUCAAGGGUGUUCUGAGAUAUUAAUAGAUGACAAGGAAAUUUUAAAUCAUCCUAGAACCACUAGUGAAAUAAAAGAGUGUUGCAAAGAUAUUAAGGUCCUAGGGAGGAAAGAUGUUAAAUCAUUGUUAAGCUGGUUAAAGCACAUUAAGGAAUGGAAAGCUACACAGACACAAACUGAGGUGGCAGUAGUAAAACCGGACACUUCAAUUGUUGACAAAGAAGGUUCAGGCGAAGAAAAAGAUGAGGUGGAGGCAGAAAUAGCAGAGUUGCAGGAAGAAGAAAGGAAGCAAUCAAAGCGAAAAAGGAAACAGCUAAAUAAACAGAGGCAAAAAUUAGCUGAGAAAAUGAAUCUUAAAAUGGUGUUGAAAGGUGAUGAUGGUCCUAUUAUGGAGAGUCAUGAUAUGUUCAAACUGGCUGAUAUCAAGAACAGGGAGCAACUGCAAAUGCUCAUUGAUCAACAACCUGACAUAGUAGUGGAUAGCAAAGAUGAAUCUGAUGACGAAAUUAAAACCAAAGCUAAGUUUGUCAAAUACGAUGUGGAAGCUUCUAAGCUGGAUUCGUCUGGUCUCUACUAUAAGGACUCUGACAGUGAAUUGGAAAUGGAAUCGGAUUCCGAAAGUGAAAAAGAUAAAGAUUCAUUAGCCUUUUCAGAUUCAGACAAUGAAACUAAAAAAAUAGACAAGAUAACCAAGUUGAAUACAUUAAGGAAUAGCAAGAUUAACAAAACUCAACCUAUUCCAAAGAAUAAUCCUCUGCUGACGGACCUAGAUGAUACUGACCCUGUCUCAAAAAGGUCAAUGAAGGCUGAGCUCUGGUUUCAGAAAGAUAGCUUUAAAGACAUUGAUGAGGAGGAUGAUGAAGGGGUUGAUUUGGACAAAUUAGCAGAAACUUAUAGAGAAAAAGGCAAGAAAGUAAAAGAUCUGCCAACUGAAGAUUCUUUGGAUGCUACAAAAUCUAGUUUGAAGAGAAAACAUGAUGAUUCAGAGAGUUCUGAUGGUGACUCGUCUGACAGUGACUAUGAUGUUGAAGAUACAGUUGCACCAGCUGCAAACAAAUCUGGAGCAAAGUCAAGCAAGAAAGAUGGAUUUGAAGUGGUUGCCCAAGACCCUGAAUUGAAAAGAUUGAAGAAGUCAAUAAAGAUGGAUGCUGAAACGUUGGCCCUGGGCACAAUGUUAGCGACAUCGAAGAAAUUUAAACGAGACCUCAUCGACGACGGCUGGAACCGAUAUGCUUUCAAUGAUAAGAAUCUACCCGAUUGGUUUGUUGAGGAUGAAAAGAAACAUAUGAAGAAGGAGAUUGUAGUGCCUGAGAAAUACACAGAAGAAUACAAGAAUAAACUGCAAGACAUAAAUACGAGACCGAUUAAGAAGGUGGUCGAAGCUAAGGCGAGGAAGAAGAAGCGAAUGAUCAAAAAGAUGGAACGAGCUAAGAAGAAGGUUGAAGUGGUUAUGGACAACGCCGACAUGUCUGAAAGGGAGAAGGCACAGCAAGUGCGGCAGCUGUAUAAGAAGGCGCAAACCGACGGCAAAAAGAAGAUUACGUAUGUCGUCGCCAAGAAGCACACUACUGCCAAACGUAUGAAACGUCCGACCGGCGUCAAGGGACAGUACAAGGUAGUCGACCCGCGCAUGAAGAAAGAUCUACGCGCACAGAAGGCGAAGGAAAAAACUAAAGGCCGUGGUAAGAAAGGCCAGAGCAAACCCCAGAAAGUAAAACACCCCAAGAAGAAACGAGGUAAAGCUAAAUAAGUAAUACGAGUAUGUAUACUAAAUGUAUAUUAUAUGUUAUCAUAGAUUAUAUGUUUUGAAUCAAGUAAUAAAAAUAAUUUUAAAUUGAA